ACUCCCAACAAUUUCACUCUUCCCUUCCCUUCCCUUUCCUUUCACCCCCCUCUCCUUUCGUUUCCUUCCUUUUCACUUUUUCUCUCAAUCCAUUCUCACUCAUAAAAACUCGUUUAAUUUCUUGAGUUUCAAAACAUGGCACUUGAAGCUGUGAAUUCUCCCACAACAACAGCGCCUUUCACCAACAAACAUGAUCAAGACAUGGAAUCCUGGAAGAAAGGGAAACGCUCGAAACGACCUCGAUCUGAUUCUCCUGCUCCUGCCUCUGAGGAAGAGUAUCUUGCUCUCUGUCUCAUCAUGCUAGCUCGUGGCGGCUCUAAUAAAGAGGAUGAUGUGCCUUCUUCGUCGUCUCAGCCACCGGAACCGCCUGCUUUGAAGCUUUCUUACAAGUGUAGCGUGUGUGAUAAGGCUUUUGCUUCUUAUCAAGCCUUGGGUGGACACAAGGCCAGCCAUCGCAGCAAGCCGGCUUCUGAUUCCGCUGCGGCCACCGCAGUCUCCGCUGAUAAUUCUUCCACCACCGCCGUUACUGCCGGCGGCAAGCUCCAUGAGUGCUCCAUCUGCCACAAGACUUUCCCCACGGGUCAAGCCUUGGGAGGGCACAAACGCUGCCACUACGAAGGUGGGACCACAAACAGCAAGGACAGCAAAGAAAACAAAGACAACAGCCACCACCAGAAUAACAGUACUGUGAGCGCCAGCGUCAGCGUCAGCGGUGUUACCUUAUCAGAUGGCAGCGGCGCCGCUGCGCAUAGCCAGAUCCACCGCGACUUUUACUUUGACCUGAACUUACCCGCCUUACCAGAAGUCUGCGGCGAAGACAAGGAAGGAAGACUCAGUCAGAUUUACGCCGAGCAGGAGGUGGAGAGCCCCUUACCGACCAAGAAACCCCGUUUCUUGAUCGACAAGGGAGAGCAUAUGGGAUCUUCAAUGUCAAUACAUUAAUUAAAUCAAAAAAAAAAAAAGAGUGAUGUUUUCUUGUUCUUUUGGGAUUUACACAGUUGAUUUGAUCGAUGAAUGUUGUUCUGUACAAAGAAUUAAUUAUUUGUUCAUUAUGUGUGAACGCCGGCUCUUUACUAUUCUAGUCAACUCUGCUGGCAAUUCAUUGAUUCAUUCAU